UUUAAAACUGCCCCUCUACCACAAUUUAGCAUGUAGCACAUCUCACGAAUCCAGUACCAGUGAGUGUAAUACUUAAUCGGCUUCUAGCAAGCUAAGAUAGAUAGAACGCAUAGUGAAAUCGUAGAAUAAACAAUUACAGAUGUGGACUUACCAUAAAUCUUGCACCAGUAAAGUGCGCCUUGAUAAUAAAGUUGCAGUAAUAACAGGUGCAAAUACCGGAAUUGGCAGAGAAACCGCCAGAGAUUUUUACAGAAGAGGCGCAAGAGUAAUUUUGGCCUGCCGGAAUGUGGGAAAAGCAAAAAAUGCAGUUGAAGAUAUAAAGAAUAAUCCAUUUCCGAGGUACAUACAGGAUAACGAACAAUACAAAGAUAAAUUAGGCGAGCUUGCAAUAUAUUCAUUGGAUCUCUGCAGUUUGAAGAGUGUAAGAGAUUGCGCUAAAAAGUUAUUGACGAAUGAACCAGCUAUUCAUCUACUAAUAAAUAAUGCUGGUAUAAUGAUGUCUCCGCAUGAAAAGACCAAGGACGGAUUCGAAUUGCAGCUGCAAUCGAAUUAUCUUGGACAUUUUCUCCUGACACUGUUACUAUUGCCGAAAAUACAAUCAUCUGCUCCUGAUUGCAGAAUAGUUAACGUAUCAUCGCUUGCUCAUGUUUUUGGUAAUAUACAAUUCAAUGAUAUGAAUCUGGACAACUCGUAUAGUCCAUUGAAGGCGUAUACUCAAAGCAAAUUAGCAAACAUAUUAUUUACUAAGGAAUUUGCACGUCGAUUGAAAGAGGCAGGAAUUAGCGGAAUAAACGUGUAUUCCUUGCAUCCCGGCGUAAUAAGAACCGAAUUAAGCCGACACUAUAGUAAAACCAUAAUUCCGGGCGCAAGAUUUUUCUACCGGAAUAUUAUGCGGCCAUUCAUCAAAAAUCCGGUACAAGGAGCGCAAACAACGAUACAUUGUGCGAUUGAUGAAAAAGUGGCUAAUGAAACCGGUCUUUAUUAUGCAGAAUGUCGCGUGACCAGACCGCAAUGGAGGGCGAGAGAUGAUCGAAUAGCCAAGGAUUUAUGGGACCACACUUGCCGGCUUUUGCACUUGGAACCUGAUGAAAAUCUUAUCACAUUUUUGCAAACUGUUUCGCGCCAACUUGCCGAAUAAUAUUCAAAAAUGUGCCAGCUCUAAGGGUAGCCGAGGGUGUUGAGCGGGUUAUGUAAAACCGCAGGAUAAAAUCAGAAUAUUGAAGGCGUAAGGGAUUUUGCAAGAACUGGUCGUAGAUAAUAAACAGUUGAUUUGCUGAAGAGACGGAGCCCCUCCCCCGCCCACCCAUUCAAUAAAUAAUAUUUUUGAAGACAUGACUCAGAAAUUCAUGUAGUCGCAUGUUAAAAGCUGUUAACAAACUGCGAAAAAUAGAUAAAACACAUUAUUGACAAAAUAUCCAUGACCGUAUACCUAUCCCGUAAAUGUAAACGAACACUUUUUCGUUUGCUCUACAAUAAAUACAAUGUACACAAA